AUGACUACCUUGGUCCCGCGUCAACCCUAUUCAAAGGACGAGCUUGAGAAGCUGUAUCCAAGAGAGCUCGAGUUGCAGCUUGUACAGAUUCUAUUACGUCAUGGCGAAAGAAGUCCUGUGUCACCUCGCUUUCAAAACACGGGACUCCCAGCAUAUUGGCCAUACUGCAAUUCUGCUCGCCAACUGACAAGCGUAAUACUCAACACCAAGGAUUUCUCGAAAUGGGAUCAACUCAAAUAUCGGAGGCGACUAGAGACUUUUGGCAUGGACGAUGGGCCAGUCAUUGCCUCGGGACCCAAGGGCGAGUUUGAUGCGAUAUGCCAACCAGGCGAACUCACGGACAAAGGCCGAGAGACAACACUAGCUCUGGGCGAAAGACUCCGCCAUCUCUAUAUCGAUCAGCUCAAGUUCAUGCCAGCGCUGAUUUCAGAUAGCGACAUGAUCUACUUACGCGCGACGCCUAUCCCACGUGCUCUGGAGUCCGUUCAGCAGGCGUUCUGGGGCUUUUACCCGCCCUCAGCAAGAACCUCUGAUUUCCCGCCUCCUACCAUCAUCACUAGGACACCUGCGGAUGAGACGCUAUAUCCCAACGACGCAAGCUGUAGGCGUUUUGCUCAGCUCAGCCGUGCAUUUGCACAGCGCGCAGCUGAUAGAUGGAACGAUACGGACGAUAUGCGUUACCUCUCCAAAGUCCUCUCGAAAUGGAUGCCUAAUGAACAAAAUGUCGCUGUUGACUCUCACCCACGGCUCUCGGGUAUCAUGGACACUCUGAAUGCGACUGACGCUCACGGGCCGGAAACCAAGCUCCCCAAGGCAUUCUACGAUCCCAAAGCCCGUUCGAUCAUCGAUAAGAUUGCCGUGGAAGAAUGGUACAAGGGCUACACCGAGUCGUCCGAGUACCGUAUGCUCGGUAUCGGCGGUCUGAUGGGCGACAUCACCUCCCGCAUGGUCGGCAGCGUCGAACGUAACGGAAACUCGGGGAUCGUCGAGGUAGGCGGUGUAGAUGGCCAGCUAGGCAAAGGCCGAGGCGGCGAAACAAACAUCCGCUUUGCCAUGUCCGGCUGUCACGAUACGACCUUGGCCGGAAUGUUGACGUCGCUCGGCGCAUUUGAAGGCGAGAACUGGCCGCCCUUCACAUCCCAUGUCGCCGUCGAGAUGUUCAGAAAGCGAGGUGCCAGCACUGUCACCCCGACGCCUCCCCUGCCCGAACAGAACCCACAGCCCCAAAGCCAAAGCUGGUGGUCCUCCCUCUUUGGGAGCACAAAAAUCGCUUCAGAUGCUAGUCUCGCACCCCAAGGCAUUGCGCGAAAGCCCUUGACCGACCUUACGCAGACCCAGCGCGACCAGUUGAACGACUACUACGUGCGAAUCAGGUACAACGAUAAAAUCAUGCAGAUACCAGGUUGCAAAGCAGCGGGCAAGCAUCUCGAAGGCGACACGACCUUCUGCACGCUCGAAGCUUUCAAGGGCAUCGUGGACAAAUACACGCCCAAGAACUGGAAGGCUGCAUGCACCAGUCGUUUGGAUCAGCCUGCGUUCCCCGAGAAGCUCGAACCAGCUGGGUACGAAUAG